ACAAGCUUCCAUUACCACGACUGCGCUCAGUCUCCUCCUGGUACAACAAUUUCCUGUCCUCUAGCUACCAUAGCUUUUUCAUGUCGACUUUCUAAUAAUUAAUUUACUGCAGCAGCUGGUCAGCCAUCCUCUCAACUUUGUCUGGCAUCGCGACAGCUCCUGCAGCUGCUCUCAAGCAAUCAUGUCGUUCGCAGCAACUCCUCAGCGUCCUCUGCCAGGCGCAUACUUUGCUACGCCAGCUCCUUCGAGAUUUGCUCAAGGCGCACCAAUCCGCCAGCCCUCAUUCACAGGUCAGCCUCGACCACCACCAGGGCCAGAUCCAAAUGAUGGACAACCAAAUCCUCAAUCGCGCCAACCUCCGGCUCCACAAGCUCUACAACCAGUCCAAAGAGCUGCUCGAACCAUCAAUGAGGUUCUCCAGCGUGAAGCAAGCUUCCCCGACCUUGAUAGCUAUGUGAGACAGGGCAUCUCCUCCGACUAUGAUCUCCCAAACCCGACUACGGAGGCUGCUUGGUCGCCCUUCCAUCGAACGAAGAUGUACGAUAUCCCUGACCGAAUUUUCGAGCAAUACAACCAAGCUGAGGUCUCGACCAUGAUGGGCCUAUUUGCUGAACUGAACCAUGCUUGGGUUACGAUCGAUAAUGCGCUGUAUCUGUGGGACUAUACGAAUCCAAAUCCUGAGCUCAUUGGGUUUGAGGAGCAGUCGAAUAGCAUUACGGCUGUAAAAAUGGUGAAGCCAAGAGCUGGAGUCUUUGUUAAGGAUAUUACACACUUGCUGGUAGUUGCUACUACGGCAGAAAUGAUUUUACUGGGCGUUGCGGCUGGUACGACUGCUGCUGGAGUGAAGACCGUUGCGUUGUAUCAGACGAAGAUGUCACUUUCAAUCCGAGGCAUCAAUGUUCAGGUCAUCGAAGGUUCUGCGGUUACUGGACGCAUAUUCUUUGCUGGAAAGGCAGAUAACGAGGUCUACGAACUCACAUAUCAACAGGAGGAGAAGUGGUUCGCCAGCAGAUGUAGUCGGAUCAACCAUACGAGCCCUGGCUACACAUCUCUGGUACCUGCGAUUUGGGCUGGGAAUUCACAGGAGCAUGUUGUAAUGAUGGUGGUGGAUGAUAGCAGACGACUACUGUAUACCCUUUCAUCCGAGUCGUCUAUUCGGACAUUUCAUAUGGACAGCCCCACGACACUCACCCAAGCCAUCGAAAAGAAGAGACAGGAGUUUCUUCGAGAUAUUAGUCACAUGAUCUCACAAUCGACACUCCUCACAAACACCAUGAAGAUUUGCUCCAUCAGCCCUAUCUCCGCUAAGGAAGGCUCGAAGCUACAUCUCAUGGCUACUACUAGUACCGGCUGCAGACUUUUCUUGAGUGCAACUCGAGGCUAUGCAUACGGUACAUCACAAGGCGCUCCUCAAAGUAUGCAGGUACAGCACAUCAAGUUUCCACCUCGCAUCGAUUCGAAACCUGCUGGCCAAAGCCAGUCAGUUUCUUCAUAUGGUGCUUCUGAACCAGCCACUGACACUUCAUCUCUCGCACUCUCAUUUACACAGACGGGUCUACGCUUCCCACCUGGACUCUUCUUCGCUUUCGUUCGCAAGAGUGAAAACCAAGGUCGGGAUUCUCUCUUCCUUUCUGGUCCUGAUACAGGUCGGAUAGCCUUCCAGUCUCGAGAUAUCAGUGUUCAAGCUUCCAAGUACUUUGAACAGGCUUGCUGGCUCAAUUUGAACAGCCAUGCUGAGGAUGUCGGCCUUGUCACCAAACCAUUCGCUGCUGCAUCACAGCCCAUCGGCUUUGGUAACGAGCUCGCUGUGCAGUACGAUGAAGCCCCACAGGAGGUUGCUAUUCUCACCAAUACUGGCAUCCAUAUCAUUCGACGAAGACGAUUGGUUGACAUCUUUGCAUCUGCGAUCCGAAAUCAAGGUGGCGAGGAAGCGCUUGAGAAUGAGAUUAAGAAGUUCAUCCGCAAUUACGGUCGAGCUGAGACGACUGCUACUGCUCUAGCCGUAGCGUGUGGUCAAGGCAGCGAUAUCACACCGGGUGACCCAAGACUUGCUCGAGUCAACAACCCUGAAACAUUGGAAUUGGCACGCAAGUGUUUUGUCGAGUUUGGUGGACGACCUUCGGUUGACCAGAAUAUGGUUUCUGAGCCAUCGCAAGCCAUUGACAACGUCCGACCAUCAUCUCGCCACGAAGGUUUAGCUCUGUACAUGGGCAGGCUUGUUCGUUCCGUCUGGAAGUCAUCUGUCAUCACUCAAAUCGUCCCAAAGACGCCAAGCGCGCCUACACAAAUCAACACAACUGUUCCAUUGGCCAAGCUUAUCGCGAUCCAGGAGGAUUUGACGAAGUUGGCAACCUUCUUAGACAAGAAUAAAUCAUUCAUUGAAGGUCUCGCUGGCCCCGAGAGUCUGCAGCGAACUGCCAGCCAACAAGAAGCAAUUGCUCUUCAGGGCGAGCAUCAAGCUCUCUACUCUCUUCAAAAAUUGAACUCGAGCAUCAUUGAAGGUAUAUCAUUCGUUCAGAUGCUGUUUGAUGAGCGAGUUGACCAGAUUUGGAGUACUCUUGAUGAUGGGGUCAAGCAACGACUACGAGAUCUUACCUACGAAAUCCUCUUUUCCUCGGAUCAGGGCAAAGAACUCGCAAAGGUCCUUGUCAAGGCCAUCGUCAAUCGGAAUAUCGCCAAUGGCUCGAAUGUGGAUACAGUUGCUGAGGCACUUCGACGCCGAUGUGGUAGCUUCUGCAGCGCUGACGACGUAAUCAUCUUCAAAGCUCAAGAGCAAUUGAAGAAGGCUUCUGAAGUCGGUGCAAACAGCGAUAUGGGUCGCAAGCUACUCAACGAGAGCUUGAAGCUUUUCCAACAAGUUGCUGGUGCUCUGUCGUUUGACAAUCUGGAAACUGCUGCUGAUCAAUUUACGCAACUUCAGUUUUAUGCUGGUGCCAUUAGCCUAGCACUUCUAGUUGCUCACGAAUCUGAUCGCGGCAAUCGUGCAUUAUCAUGGGUCAAUGAAAAUAAACCUGUUGACGAUGCUCGUGCUCCUCUCUACGCAUUCAGGAGCAGAUGUUACGAUCUUAUUCAUCGCAUUCUACUUGUUGUCGAUGCCUCUACCAGUGCAGAACCGGAGAUGCUGGACGGUCGACUUACUUUGACUGCCACAAAGCGUAACGAGGCACAUGCUGUUGUCAACGAAUCGGACGAUGAGUUGUUCCAAUACAACUUAUAUGAGUGGUAUCUCAGUCAGGGCUGGGUCGACAUGUUACUGUCUGUGGAAUCUGCUUUCAUUGUCCAGUUCCUCACGAAGUCAGCAAGUCAAAGGUUUGAUCGAGCCGACUUACUCUGGAAAUUCCACGUUCACCGCAAUCAAUUUUACGAAGCUGCUGCUGUGCAAUUGGAAUUGGCCAAGAGUACUUUCAUCAUCCCCCUCGCUCAGCGCAUUGAGUAUCUCAGCAGAGCUAAGGCGAAUGCUUUGGCCCAAAGUCUUGGUAUUGGCAGGCAAGCACGACAUGCUUUGCAGUACGAAGUCUCGGAGUUGCUCGAUGUGGCCAUGAUUCAAGAUGAGCUUCUGCAGAGAUUAAGACACGAUCAGAGAAUUCAAGUGCAGAGACGUGAUGAGAUUGUCGCUGAGCUUAAUGGUCCCAUUAUUCCCCUAUCAGAUCUGUUCAAUGCAUACGCGGAUCAAGCAUCCUACCAUGAUAUCUGCCUCAGCAUCUACGAAGCUGCCGAUCAUCGCAACGAAGCCGAUAUAAACGCAACGUGGCAAGCUCUCGUCGACCAAACCCACAACAAAGUCGUUGAAGCCGGUGAUAACGCGAAUCAGCAACCAUAUGAAGCCAUCAUCACUAUGGUCCGCGCCAUGCAUCAACGUCUUGGCUCAUCCGAAAUUUGCUUUUCUCCGCAAUUCCUCAUAUCUCUUCUGGAGCGAUAUGCCAUCGAGAAUCAAAAUGGAGUUGGGCCCGAGUUCUGGCUUCCGGAUCUCUUCAUGGAAGUCGAGUUUGCUUUCGAAACAAUUGUGCAAAUCUUGCAGUCGAUGUGGUAUAGCAACAUCACCCCUUUCACCGGUCGCCGGAAGCAGAUCCUUGCCUCACAUCUUUUGUAUGUUCUUGAGCAGUGGUUCUUGGACUGCGAACGCAACAACAAUCGUCUGUUUGGGAGCGAAGAGAAUGCGCAAGACAUUUCACAGUUGCUUGAGGUCUUGGGCGCUGGUGGAGAUGCGUUGAGACAACAGGAUGUGGAGAAGUGCGCAGAGCUGAGGAGAAAGAUCUUGAGGUCUUUCAGAUGAGUCCAUUAAUCUGAUGAGCACCAGUUAUAUUAUUGGAAAGGGAGGAAAAGCGAGAAUGGGAUAUGAUGUGAUAUGGAACUCUUCGGGCAUUUUUGCAGGCGUUCAACAGGUAUGGGGUAUUACCUAGCAUGCAGGCGGCUUUUCGUUCUCAUUCCUACUACCACUGCUAGACGGGAGAGGAAAGGAACGAGUUUUUGAGGUUAUGAGAAGAAAGGAAUUUUUGUGGUCAGAAGGAUGAAAAGCAUAGCAAGCGGAGCAAAGUAAAUCAGGUUCUUGCACAUAUGCAUUGUACUUUAGAGUUGCGCGAGCUUUUUGAUACCAAAUUUGAUUGUACGGUGGUAGAGUAUUCAUG